AUGCUCAAGCUCGUCCUCGCCGCCCUCUCCUUCUCGACAGUCCUCGCAUUCCCUGCGCCCGUCGCCGUCCGCGACUUUCGCCCUGUCGUUCGCGCGCUCAACGCCCUCGCUCCCGCCGUCGACGUGUCCCUCGCCCGUCGUCAGAGCACGUCCGACGCGCUCAAUGGCCUCGAGGGGCUCCUCGAAAAGGCGGCGAGCAACAUGAACGGUCGGGAUCUGCGCUUGCGGCAGCGACCAGACCGCAAGAUGCGCACGUGCGGCACCUGCUACGGCGGGUCCGACGAGCAAGGCGCGAACGACUUUAGCGACUACUGCGCCGACGCCCUCGACACCCUCUCGUCGGCCUCGUCGCGCAUUGGUUCGUCGACCUCGGGCACCGGUUCGGCGUCUCGCACGUCGGCGUUUGCCUCAGCCACGUCCGCUUUCGCCUCGGCAACGUCGACCGGGUCCAGCGAGGACGACGACGACAGCUCGAUUGGCGGCGGGAUCCUGAGCGACAUCAACUCGGCGACGAGCCGUGCGCCCGUCCAGAGCGCGACCAACUCGGGCGCGCCGCAGCAGGGCGGCAACAGCGCGGCAGGAACCGUGCGCGCUGGCGGAGCCGCGUUCGUUGGCGGCGUUCUCGGCGGCGCGCUCGUCGUGCUCGCUCUCUGA